AUGUCAGCUCUAACUCCAAAAGAUUGUAACGCUGAACUUUCCAGCGAAGAAGCUCCACCUCUUUUACUAUUCACAGAUGAUUAUUCAGAUUAUUGUGGUCCAAUAGGAACAGAAGGAAUGGGCUAUCCAGGAGAAUACAAACUUCUUCCUGAAUAUGGACAAAUACAAGUCGGAAAACCCAACAACGAAAAAAGUUAA